AUGGCUGUUAAUACUAUAUGUGUUCGCAAGAAGUCACCAUUCGUUGAAGUUCGUAUGUGGCCCAAAGAUGAAGAGAUUUUAUUGGCACCUAUUAUACACGUUACACAACCUGGGCCGGAAUAUCGUAACAUUAUGAGAAGACUGUGGCGUGCUUGUAACUAUUGGAUUAAGUGUCCCAAAAACUUGCAAAAAAUCUAUGGUGAUAUUGGAGAUACAAUUUAUAAUGUGGCUCUUAUUUUAGAUGAUAUUGAAGAUUUAACAAAAGUUCGACGAGGAAUCCCCGCUGCCCAUAUGGUUUAUGGAGUCCCGUUAACCGUGCAAGCUACAAUACAUAAGGCCAUUUUGCUAUUUCAAGACCUGAUUUAUCAUCUGGGAGAUAGUGAGGAACUCGCCGAUGGCUUCAUUAAAGUAGGUCUUGAUCUUAUGACAGGCCAAGGAGUGGAAAUAUACUAUAGGGACACUGAAACAUGUCCUACCUUUGACGAUUUCAGGGUGGUAGUUCAAGGCAAAGCUUCCUACACCUUUAUGUGGGGAGUUCGAUUAUUAGAAAUGUUUGCCAAGACAAAAAAAAUCAAUUUCAGUAAUGAAUUUUGGGAUAAAAUAGGUUACUUCAUUCAGGUGUAUGACGACUAUAUAAAUCUGCACAAUCCUAAGUGGGCAACCGUUCGGGUUUUCUGUGAUGACCUAGAUGAAGGGAAAUUCAGUUAUCCGAUAAUUCAUGCUAUUCAAAGUCAUCCCGAAGACCAUCGCCUUAUAAAUUUGUUGAAAAAAAGACCACUAGAUUUGGAAAGUAAGAAGCUUUUUGUAGAUAUAAUGGAGAGUUUUGGAAGUUUUGAGCACAGUCGAGAGUUUUUGGAGGAUUUGAAACGUGGAAUUCUCGAAGAGGUGAAAAAAAUUAAAUUAGAGAGAAAUCUACAUUUAGAGAGAGUUCUUGAUGAUAUUUUCACUAAUCUAGAAACUAAGAUUUUUAUAGAUGGGUGUGAUUAA